GAGGUCCAAUAGUUCAUCCUUCAGUUCAAAGUCUUUUGAUUACACCAAUUUGUCCAAGAUCAUUAUCAUUUAGACCUGCUUUAAUUCCACCUACUGCUAAAGUAAAAUUGGAGAUUUGUGGAGAAAGUAGACUCACAGAAGUAACCAUUGAUGGUAAAAAAAUAUGUAUGUUAAGUCAAGGAGAUUUCUUGGAGGUAAAAAUGUCAUCAUAUCCAAUACCAUGUGUAAAUAGAAUUGAUAAAGGUAUAGCUUGGGUUAAAGAUAUUAAUAAUUUAUUAAAGUGGAAUCAAAGUUUUGUGAAUAAAAAACAUCUUAUUCAUGAAUUAUUUGAAACUUGA